AUGACGGAAGAUAGAGAGGUAGCCACCGUUCCGGCGCCUGCCCAGCGGGAUGUCAAUGGCGACACGACGUCUACCGGACGGCCGUCGAGAAAAAGCAGGCGGGGGAGUGGUGCCUCUCGAGCUAGCAAACGACAAGAAAAGGCAAAGGCUGCGCCUUUGUCUUCAUCUUUGUCUUCGUCGCCGCCCCUUCCCCCGCCGACGCCGUCUUUCUCCCAAGAAAUGGCACUAUCGGUCUCGCAAGCAUCGAAAGCGGUGACGGAAGCAGCGCCCACAUCAUCGGCAGACGACAGGGAGAGGAUACAUUCGCCUACAUUAUCGACCUCGCCACUGCCUCCAAAUCCAGCAAAGGUCUCGACGACGGCCGCACAGACAAUCGGCCCUGCAUCAUCAAGCAACAAGGCGAAAGCCAGGGAUAGAGCGGCCACCGACUCUGUCAAGGGCUUUGGCUCCAGCUCCUUGCCACCCAACCCAUACCUCAACCCUUCCAAUUACGCCGGGCCUAGCCUCGAAGUGCCUCACUCGUCGCCCUCGUCCACUCCCCUGCCCUCUCGCCGGUCAUCGACGCUUUCCAUCUCGCCCGUUCCAAUGAGCGUCAGCAUCGGUACGGCUGAUGUCCAGGCCUUGGGCUCGGCAUCGUCUGCCUCUACGUCGGCAACGGCGCCCCAGCCCAGUCGUUCUUCCUCACCGUUGUCCAGCCCCCAACAGCAUCUGUUCGCCGAUGCAAGAUUGCCCAUUCAGGGCGAACAGGCCAUCACGACGAUGCGUGCUGCCUCACUGCCCGGAGGUUACGGCAAUGCGAUGGCGAACGGGAGAACGCGUGCUAGCACCUCUGGCAUACACCCGCCGCCGCCGCAGCAGCAGCAGCAACAAUUCCGCUUCAAUCAGGCUCAGGCAACCAAUGGCACCCUGAUAGCUGGACUGCCCUCGCAGGCUCAGCUCGCUGCUCAGGCCUCGAUGAUAAUGCACGGUCCACAGCUGCCUGAGCACCCUCCAUCUCUCCACCAUCAGCACCAGCACCAGCACCAGCAUCACCCUCAAUCCCACGUCAACGCUCAUACUCAUGCCCGCGCCCACGCAUUUGCUCUCCAUCAACUGCAGCAGCAACUCUCGAUCCACGAGCGCUUCGUCGGCGAGCUAACCAACUGCAUCAUUCACUUUCUCAGCCCCAUUCUGCCGACCGAGGACGAGUACCGGAUAAAGGAGAACACGAGGAGGCACCUCGAGAAGCUCGCCUGCCGCGUCAGUCCCGGUGCGAGGCUGCUAGCAUUCGGGAGCAUGGCCAAUGGCUUUGCUCUGCGCAACUCUGACAUGGACCUCUGCUGUCUCUUGGAAAAUGUCGAGGGAGGACCAGAUGGAAAGCUGCCCCAGCACAAGGCCUCAGAGCUCGUCGAGAAGCUGGGUGCCCUCAUUAGAGAAGAAACCGACUAUACCGUCAUGCCGCUUCCAAAAGCCAGGAUUCCCAUCAUCAAGAUCAGCAGACCGGCCUCCCAAGGAGUUCCAUUCGAGAUUAGCUGCGAUAUCGGCUUCGAGAAUCGAUUGGCCCUUGAAAAUACGAGGUUGUUGCUCAGCUACGCUAUGGUCGACCCGCCUCGACUGCGAACACUCGUCCUCUUUCUCAAAGUCUGGACAAAGAGGCGAAAGAUCAAUUCACCGUGGACGGGCACGCUCUCAUCGUACGGCUUCACGCUUAUGAUGCUCUUCUUCCUCUGCCACGUCAAGCGACCAGCGGUGCUGCCCAAUUUGCAAAGGUUGCCGCCUUCGAAACCCAUCGCCAAGGAGGAAGUCGAGCUGAACGGCCACAACAUCUAUUUCUAUGACGACAUUGCACUCCUUCGACAGGAGUGGACCUCGGAAAAUACAGAGACUGUGGGCGAGCUUCUCAUCGACUUCUUUCGCUAUUUUUCAAAGGAGUUCAGCUAUUCAAAGGACGUCGUCAGCAUCCGAACAGAGGGCGGACUCAUUUCAAAGGACAACAAGGAGUGGACAGCAGAGCUCUGCAUUGAAGACCCAUUUCAGCUGGGCUACAAUGUCUCGCGCACCGUGACCAAGGACGGUCUCUAUACCAUUCGUGGCGAAUUCAUGAGGGCUUCACGGAUCCUUAGCAAUCACCACAACAUCGUCAGGGCGGACCGGGUGCAGGCGUCGCUUGACGAGCUCUGUGAAGAGAGGGAGGAUGGGUUGACGAGGGCCCCAGAGGGCUAUCGACCACGGCAACAGCACGGCAGCUUCAACAACUUUGGCUACUCGGUCGACCCUCGCACCUUGCAUCCUCGCGGGCGCCACCACUACGAGGGCCUCAUGUCGUCUGGCUUUGGAGGUAGUUUUGCCUUUGAGGAAAUGGCUAGGAGCCUGGGACAGGCGCAGAGGAAUCCGAUUGCCUAUCCUCCAACGACCGCCAUGCUCGCGCCUCUGUCGCAGAGCACGGGCCUGAGCCCGCGCCAGACUGUCAUGCGAGCUGGGCUGCGGUUUGACGCCAGGACGAGGCAGCCGGCCGGCAGCUCCCCAUCAACCCUCGUGCCCUCGUCAGCUAGGAGCGACGACGGAGGUGGAUCGGCCGACUCGUUCCAUCACCAGGUCGUCUCCCGCACCACGACGAACGCCUCUGCACGCACUUCACCCUCGCUCUCCUAUACACUACCCCAUCGCCAUCACCAAGAGCAAGACCAACAGCAUGAUGACGAAGAAGAUGCGAAGUCGGUCAUGGGAGAUUCAUUUGCUCUCGGGUCUGAAAUCUCGUUUGGGAGCGAAAGGUUUCAGCUUCAUCCUCAUCCAGAGUCGUGUACCUCCUCUUCCCCCUCUUCCUCGUCGGCCAGAUCGGCCAGUGGACGUGCACAGCUGCUCGCUUUGGAGCAGCAGGCCUCAUACCGGGCAGACAGCAGCGGCCAUGGGAACGCGAAUGCGAUAGAAGACAGCCUAUUGCCUCCCGGGGCAGAUGGCCCUGGACAACGCACCUCGAGAUCGUUUUCCGAUGGCGUCAACCGAUCCAUGUCGCUUCCACGGCCCAUCAUUGACCCUGCCGAAGCGCACCGGAGAGCUUCAAUUCCUUUGCGAUCCGAGCCACCGUCCCCAAAGGCAGCUUCUGCCACGAAACCACGUUUCCUUGGUCUUCAUCAUUACGCCAGACAUCCGAUGCAGUCGCAACCAUCGCUCCGACACUAUCCUGCGAACGUUCCACAUGCAUUGGGCCACUUGCCAGGAAUCAGUGGCGUGCACAGCUUGCAGCCGGCCAUGGCCUCGCUCUCCGUCAACAACAACCAGAUGUCGCAUUGUAGUUUGCCUCCGUCCGCCAAUGGUCACAUGGCUCCGCAUCAGACCCGUCGCACUUCACCGAGGAGCAACUCCGGGUCGAGUCAGGCUGAUGCCUCUUCGCCAUUGCGAACCGCAAGCGAUGUUGUCGUCGCGAGUGCGGGGCCCGGCGGAGGAGGCGGAGGGAGCAUCGUGGGUCACGGGCAGUCACCUUACCUGUCGCACUCGUCAUGGAGCUUCCUCCAGCCGUCCUCUGCCACCAUGUACACCGACCCGACGCAAAAUACUCUCUAUUCGUCCUACGCCACCCCAGGAGUGAUUCCUGGGAGCAGGGACAGUAUAGAGGGCAUCGAGAGCGUCAGCGACCGCUUCGUACUCGACGAUGACGACGACGGCGCCGCGAGCAUCUCUGAUGGAACGCUUGAUGAGCUUGCCAGAGCGUUCGCCUUCGCAUCACCUCCGAACGGCCGGCAGUGGUAA